AUGCUCGCUAACACUUCUGUCUUCUUUACCGUUGCCCUGGCGGCCAUCGCCACCGCCGCCCCCACCAACCUCGCCAGGGAUGGCGUAGGUGGACUUGGUGGUGGUGCACUCGGUGGCGAUAACUGCAAUGCUAAUGCAUUGUGCUGUGACAACGUCGGAUCGUACGAUCAACUUCAAGGUCUUCUAGGUGGACUGUUGGGCCUUAAUGUUGACGCCCUGACCGGCAACCUCGGCAUUGGUUGUAUCCCGAUUGAGGUCAUUGCUCUGAUACCAGAUAAUUCCUGCAAUGCCCAGUCCGUCUGUUGCGAAGGGACUACUUUCGCUGAUUUGCAAUUGGUCGGCCUUAACUGCGAUCCCCUGGACGUUCUUUAAAAGGAGUGCGUUCUGUGUUGUUGGAUUGUUGAAGAGUUGUGGCGGGCGGAGGCCUGUAGAACGAAGAACAUUUGAAAAUUCACUAACCAAAGGUCGCAGAAUGGAACAUGUGUUAAGUUGGUAUGAUCCCCCAAUGAACACUAUGUUUGUAGGUCAUUUUC